UCCCGCCUUAGCGACGCGCGCUUAGUUGCUAGGGGCAGAGGCGCAGGAGCCGGGUGGAAGCGGCAGAUGCCAGCUUCUCGUGCCUGCGGGCCUUGGUGCCAGCCCGCCGGUGGGUAUGGAGCCUGAGAGAUUAGGAAGUAGCUGUCUGACUAGUUUCCAGAGUCUGAAUGAACUACAGAUCAAAUACAGCAGCUCUCAAAGAAGACCUGUUGUUUUGGAGGGAACACACCUCCCAGUGACUGCAAGGGAUGCUGUUACUCAACUGCCAACUGAAACCAGCUCUUCCUCAGAAAGUUUUCUGUAGGCCCUGGGCUGUGAUGGGGAAACUGCAGAGCAAACUCAGGCACAGCACUUACAAAUACAGCAGACCUGAUGGACAUACAGAAGAGAGAGCCCAGACUAAAGUGUCCCAAGAGUACAGCCUCGCUCACGUGGAUGCCGUCUCUGUGGUUGCUACUCUGAACUCAGACCUUUGUGUCUCUGGAGGAAAAGACAAGACCGCUGUGGCCUAUAAUUGGAAAACUGGACACAUGGUGAAAAGGUUCAGAGGACAUGAGCGGGAAAUCACUAAGAUAGCCUGUGUUCCCAAAUCAAACCAGUUUUUCAGCGCCUCUCGAGACAAGACAGUCAUGAUGUGGGACCUGCAGGGCUCCUCCCAGCCCCAACAGCAGCUGUCUGGCCAUGCCAUGGUGGUCACUGGCUUGGCUGUGAGUCCAGACUCAUCACAGCUGUGCACCGGCUCUCGGGACAACAGUUUGCUUCUGUGGGAUCUGGGGACUGGACAGUGUGUGGAGAGAGCGUCUGUCUCCAGGAACCUGGUCACUCACCUGUGCUGGGUCCCCAGAGAGCCGUAUGUACUCCAGUCCUCUGAGGAUAAGACCAUCAGAUUAUGGGAUAGUCGGGGGCUUCAGAUGGCUCAUGUGUUUCCCACAAAGCAGCAGAUCCAGACCCACUGUGACGUCAGCAUGGAUGGACAUACAUGUAUCUCCUGCAGCAGUGGCUUUGGGGGUGAAGGCUGUGAAGCCACAUUGUGGGACCUAAGGCAGACAAGAGACAGAAUGUGUGAGUAUAAGGGGCAUUUCCAGACAGUUGCAUCCUGUGUCUUUCUACCAAAAUCCAUGGCCUUGAUGCCUAUGAUUGCUACCUCAGCACAUGACUCUACGGUGAAGAUCUGGAACCAAGAUACUGGAGCCUGCCUUUUCACCUUGUCUCUGGAUGGAUCAGGACCCUUGACCUCCCUGGCUGUUGGUGACAUCACCUCCUUGUUAUGUGCCAGUUUCUACAGAGGAGUUCACUUACUCAGAGUGGACCACAGCCGAGGGCUGGAACUUCAGGAAGUGGCAGCCUUCUGAAGCCAAGACAUUGACUGCACAAUAUCAAACCACAGCCCCUCCUUUCUGUCUGGCUCUGUGUUUUUCCACGUGAUCUUGGGGAGCGGGGUACAGAGCUGGUGUUCUUUUCUUAGGGUCAGUUAGAAGGUGUAUUAGGGUUAGAUGUUGGUUCAAAUCCAGGGUGUUUAUUUUGUUUGUUUUAUAAGGUGUAAGCCAGCAUGCCCAAGAAAAUUCAGGGUUAGAAACAUGGACUCAGUAUAAAGUCCUUGAUCUCAGGUAAAUCCAAAUGGAGUUUUUAGUGAGCUUUUGUGACUUACUCUUCAAAAGAAAUGUACUUAUUGCUCAAGAUGAUAAGUUGGAGGCUUGAGAGAGAGAGAGAGAGAGAGAGAGAGAGAGAGAGAGAGAGAGAGAGAGAGAGAGUUGGAGGCCUCUGUGAGAAUGAAAACAUGGGCUGGGUCAUGACGUUCUCCAUGUCUCCAUGAAGGAAAAACCUUUCAAGACAGAUCAAACUGGUAAUAGUGUUGUCUCAUAGAGGAAGUGCAUGGUGGACAGUGAGAUUAAACACAGUCACCUCAAAGCCACUUAGUGCAAGAAAGCAAAAGCCCUGGCUUUGUCAUGGGUAGCAGAUCAGGAGGCAGGAACUCCUACCACCUACCUUUCUGGGCCAGUGUUGCCCAGGGGGCAUGCAAACAAGGACACUGCCCCAUUUUACAGGAGCUAUUAGGCCUGCCGCAUGUACCAAAAAGCAGAGGGGAUGGGAGACUAUGGCCAAGAGAUAAUGCAUUUAUAAUUUGAAUAUUUUUAUUUACAUAAAAAUCAUUACACAUCCACAUCCUCCAUACCUCCCACUCCUGGGGAUGGCCAGAGGCAAGAAGUCAUCUCUGAAACAUUGCAGGAGGAGCACAGAGGGAUGGAAUCAACUGAGCCUGGCCACUGUGCACCCUUCAGUGAGGGUCAAGGUACUUAUGUCACUAUGUGGCUCCCACAAAUCAGUCCUCAGUCUGGAGCUCAGAAGCCCAUUUCCCUUGAGAGAAAGUGGAGGCUUUUUAGUUUUAGAUGCAUCCUAAAAUAAGGCAGCUGAGAUCUGGCCAGAGAAUGACUGCCUUCAUAGCUGCUGGCCACCAUUUCCUCUCUCCCUCUGGCUGUCAGGGUCACAGGGAGAGUAUGUUCUUGAAGGCAUGCAGUCUGACCUGAGUGAAGUUCCAUGGAGCUCACCUUGCAAAAGCUAUGAAAUCUCGGGUUCCUCACAUGUAAUAUGGUGCUCAGGGCCAUACCUCUGUCAUGGGGUGGAUCCUGGGGGCAAGCUGCAAGGGAGUCAGUCACUCAGUGUCC